AUGCAAGUUGAGUUAACGGAACCGAACAUACCCAUCCAACCAGCCGAGAGACACGAAGGUUGUGGUUAUUGUAAUCCAACCGGUGUAGGUUUCAGAAUUACUAGCGACAAAGAAGGCGAGUCAGAGUUUGGUGAAUUCCCUUGGAUGGUGGCCAUUCUACGUGAUGGAGUAAUUGGUGGCAAGACCUUAAACGGUUACGUAUGUGGUGGUUCUGUAAUUGCACCAAAUGUUGUCCUGACUGCUGCACAUUGUGUACUAAACGUUGACCCACACUUAUUGGUUGCACGCGCCGGAGAGUGGGACACACAAACCAAACAGGAGGUGUUGCCACAUCAAAAUGCACGUGUCAAAGAGGUCAUUCGUCACGAGAACUACAACAAGCGCACACUCUUCAACGACAUAGCGCUAUUCAUUUUGGAAACACCUUUCACGUGGGAGGAAAAUGUACGUCCCAUCUGUUUGCCUGAACCGGACACCAAUUUCGAUCAUUCACGUUGUUAUACUUCUGGUUGGGGCAAAGAUAAGUUCGGUAAAGAUGGUAUACCACACGUUAUUUUAAAAAAGAUCGAUUUACCAGCGGUGCCACGUGCUACUUGCCAAUCAAAUCAACGUAAAACACGAUUGGGACGAUUUUUCCGUUUGGAUCAGAGUCUCAUUUGUGCCGGUGGCGAGGAAGGCAAGGAUAUAUGCGAAGGUGAUGGCGGCUCACCAUUAGUUUGCCCCGAUCCGAAUAACCCGAAUAGUUACUAUCAAGCUGGUAUUGUAUCUUGGGGUAUUAAAUGCGGGGUUAAGGAUGUGCCAGGAGUCUACGCAAAUGUGGCAUAUCUCCGCAAAUGGAUCAACGGAAAGCUUUCUGCACGAGGCAUUAAUUUUAAGCAUUUUACGGUUUAAGACACGUUGAAUAUUAUCCGUUGCGUUUGAAUAUACUCAAAAAGACAUUUCAU